AACUAACAAAAUGCAAUGUAUAAGCAAAAAAAUGUGGUUCUGAACCAUUGGCUGCCGCCAUUUCCAAUGGUGCGAAGAGGGCGCUUCUUGUGCAGUGAAACAUCCAAGUUUUUCAACCAAAAACAAACGCCUACCCACCGGCCAAUAAAACAAGUUACAAAAUCCAAUUUCUCCGAUUCACUAUCCCAACUUAAAACCCAAAUAUCCGGUUCCGAUUUCGUGGCGGUUUCGUUGCAGAAAACGGGUAGUUAUUCGUCGCCGUGGCAUCGUAUUCUGCCCUUUGACACGGCUGAAAUCGCAUACUUGAAAGCUAAAUAUGCUGCUGAAAGAUUUCAGAUUUUGCAGUUUGCUGUUUGCCCUUUUUCAAUUAGGGCUGAUGCUAAUCAUUAUAAGCUUAUUGCUCACCCGUUCAACUUCCAUUUGUUCCCACGGGAUGAGCUAAAACUAGGGAUGCCAUGUUAUAGCUUUUCAUGCCAACCAUCGUAUAUAGCUUCAAUGGCUAAAGAAGAUUUUGAUUUCAAUGUUUGCAUAUAUGAUGGUAUAUCAUACUUGUCCAGAGCACAAGAAACAGCGGCAAAACAUUUGACAGGAAAUCCAGUUUCAAGUAAUUAUGCGGUCCAACCUUCAACCACUCGCUCAGUUGCAGAUAAUGUGUUUGUUGAAAGGAUUAAAUCCAGGGUUCGGAACUGGAUCAGUGCUUGUAAACGUUCAGACAUGAGAUCUGAAGAUGCUUUAGUUAGUUCUCUUAGGAGACUUAUAUUAGGAGGUGAAGAGUAUGGAUCAAGACCAUCUUUAAAUAUAGAUGUUUGCAGCGAACGUCAAGUACAGCUCGUAUUUGAGAUGGUGAAGUCUCAUUAUUCAAAUGUUGUACCUUUGGCAAUCACCUCAAAAGGAGGAGGAACUCAAUUUGUUCGGGUUGUUUUGACAAGUUCACAAGAAGAUAGGGAACUUUUAAAGAAAGAGCUUAGAAACAUGGAAGAGGAACAAAGCAGACGUCUGUGUGGCUUUCGAGAAGUGAUUGAUUUUAUUUCUGCUUCUCAGAAACCUAUAGUUGCCCACAACUUACUCAAUGUGUUUCAUGCAGAUUUUACAUUUAUACAUUCCAAAUUUCUAUAUCCACUCCCACCCACGAUGGAUGAGUUCACAAGCUCGCUGCAUUCAGCCUUCCCUGACAUACUUGACGUCAAUCAUCUAAUGAAGGAAAUCAGCCCUCUAACUAAAUAUAGCAGCUUACCUGCAGCUACGUCUUACUUGAAAAGAAAUUUCUUUGCACCUAUUAAAAUGGUGAUUCCUCAAAAAGGUAGCAUGGAGGAAAGCAAGAAUCAUGGUCAUGGUGUGGUGAGAAUAAGCGAGUUAUUUGCUAAACUCUGCUUCAUCCUAAGGAUCCUGCCACAAGCCGAAUACCACAACCCUGACGGGCCUUCUCUUAAACGCUACACAAAUGUUUUCAGUCCGGAUUCCAACAAUUUCCAAGACUCUGAUGAGGCCGAUGACAUCAGCAUAUGGACUAAUAAUCCAAUGAAAAUCAGCAUCAACAAUCUGGUUUUCCUUUGGGGUUUCAGAAGUGGCACAUCUGCUGGUAAAUUGAAGAAUUUGCUCUCUAAGUCUCACAAUCUGUUGUCUGAAGAUCAUGCUUUUGAUGUUCGGCUAGUGGACAAUAGUUGUGCUGUUAUUGUGUUCUGGAAAGAUGGACUGUCAGAAUGGUUUCUUGAUGCUAUUGAUUCUGGAGAUGGGCUUAGGGAACUGGCGGCAGAAGGGAUGAUGGCUGCAGGCUAUGACACAUAUAAGCGAAUUUGUGAAUCCGAGAUAUUAGGUGUAGAUUUGGCUGAUUCGUUAGCGGAGUUUGAUAGGAUAUCGGAGGCUCAUACAAAGGAGCCUCAAGAAGUAUACUGGAAUAGUGACCUGAUGAUUAACUUUGAUGAUCUCUGAUGUUAAACAAUGUAACUUAGUCUAGGUAGAUGUUAGAUCUGGAUCCACAGUUGUUUUUUUUUUUUUUUUUAAUGGUAUUUGUUGUUCUCACUUGUUAUAAAGCUCAUACAAUAUACUAUAUCCUUUUUCGGAUUAACAUUUAAACAAAUUCAACAAAGCAGCCUUAUUAGAUGCAA